AUGUCUAGCACACAAUCAUCUGUUGAAAGCAGUUCCGAUGUUCGGAAUAUUCCCGCUGUUGACGUUCAUGUCGCAACACCUGUAGAAAAAGAAUGGUCUGAUGACUUUGAUAAUGAUGAAGUCCUUCACGGAGGGCAAUUAGAACCACCAAAGAGAGGAUUUUUGGGAUACCUGACUAUCUAUUUACUUUGUAUUCCUAUCUCUUUUGGGGGGUUUUUACCUGGCUGGGAUAGUGGUAUUACUGCCGGUUUCAUUAACAUGGACAAUUUUAAAAUGAACUUCGGAUCUUACAAGCACAGUACCGGAGAGUACUAUUUGAGUAACGUGCGUAUGGGUCUUUUGGUUGCAAUGUUCAGUGUAGGGUGCGCUAUAGGUGGCCUUAUGUUUGCGCGUCUGGCUGAUACUUUAGGCAGAAGACUAGCAAUUGUGAUAGUGGUGUUGGUGUAUAUUGUAGGUGCAAUCAUCCAAAUCAGUUCAAGCCACAAAUGGUACCAGUAUUUUGUCGGUAAAAUCAUAUACGGUUUAGGCGCUGGUGGCUGCUCUGUGUUGUGUCCAAUGCUUCUGUCUGAAAUAGCUCCCAAGGAUCUGAGAGGUGGACUUAUUUCAUUAUACCAAUUGAACAUGACCUUU